GUCACAGAGCGGCUCGGUGGAGUCGACGCGACUGCAGGCUGCUGAUAGGAGAGAGAGCGAGCGAGCGGUUACCGUCACCUUAUCCAUCCACCGCUCCUCCUUCACUACAACCGCCUCUGCAACCCGAUCGUCCUUUAAUAAUGCACGAGGAGGUGAAGCGAAUAUCAGCGGCCUGGCUCUGAAUGAUGUAUCACACCGGGUACUACAGCACCGCACCGGAGAGCCCGAACCUGUAGCUGUGAUCCACGGAGAAAAUGUCACACUAUAAUUUCAUCAAAUGCUGUUGUUUUCAGCUAUGUAACGUGUUCAGGCAGAACAUGGAGAUAGACCAGUGUCUGCUGGAGUCUCUGCCGUUGGGCCAGCGUCAGAGGCUGGUCAGACGCAUGCGUUGCGAGCAGCUGAGGGUCUACUACGAGCGCGAGCGGACGCUACAGAAGCAGAGCUUCCCCAAGCCCCGGUCCACCAACCGCAAAAAAAAAGGAAUCAGCUUCACGCUUUCAGAUGUCAUCCAGGACGCCAUCAUACGACACGAUGACAAAGAGGAGCACCAAAGGAGUUAUUUGGAGCUGAUUUUCCAAUACAGUGAGCGGUGACCAUGGUUAUCUAAGCC